AUGGCGGGCAGGUUGGGGCUUCGUGGCUUGGUUGCACUCAUGGGAUUUGGAGUAAUCGAUCGCCAUGCAACACACGAAUGCAACAUCGAGCCAGGGUUCCUCCGGACCACGCCAUUGAUCAGGCCUGAGCUUAAGGAUCAUCGAAAGUUCACCAUCGAGCACACACCCGGAAACGAGCGAGGCAAGCUGGCGUUAUCCAAGAGGAUGAACACAGAUUGGUCAUGGGGGCGUAGAAUCGUCGACGAAUUAGGAGGCCCCGUCUCAUCAUCACACGAUCACUGCGCCCCUGAUAUUCCCUCGCCCCCCUCAGCUGGAAACAGCUCAGCGUCAGGUUUGCCGACAUCCCUCACCAAUCAACAGAAUCGUGGGCCUGGGGACAGGAAUACCGCGCUUGGAUACAAGGAUGCACGGCCCAACAUUUCAGAGGAGCCAAUGCAAUUUUCGUUUGAGGGGAGGGAGUGGGGGAAAGGAGCCGCCAGGGCGAAACGGUUCGGGAAGGAAGCUCGGCAGCAGGCUGUGGGAGGGCGAAAGGGGGGGAGCGGCAAGGGGAAAGGGGAGGAGCGAGGCGAGGAGGGAAACAAUUUGAGAAGAUGGAAGUUGCUGCGCAAUAAGUUUGAAACCAUUGAGACCUCGUGUCAAAAUCCACUAGUCCCAAAGGGGUUUAAUGUUUGCACUGUUUAUUGA